CCCCUUUCCCCCUUUCCCGCGAGACCCUGCAUUUGCCCCUCACAAUUAGAUGAAAUGGAUCAUUCGUGUCAGCUAUUUCUAUGACCCAAACUUGCCAACUUGUUGUACUUGAUGUUGGCUGUGAGACCCGGUAAUUCUAUGGUCGGCAUUAAUAAUCUCCCUAUUCAUUCUGGGAAAGAGGACGUCGAAACUUUGUUGUGGGAUUGAUACCGUAGCUUGCGUAGGUAGUAGAAGCAGGAUACAACGUAGCCUUGGUAGCCAGGGUAGCUUACGUGGUAGGCUUGCGGCCAGUGGCAACGAUCCGGGGAGGCAACUGUCAUCAGCUCCCGGCUUCGGCAGUGGGGCUUGGCAGCGGGCGAGAUGGAAAGUUUGUCCUAUUUUGCGGUGAUAUGUUAAUUAGGUACCUUAGGUGGGUUGCCUACUGUAUGUAAGCAGCCUCAUGACCAGCAGAUUUCUGACGAUUGACCUCGUGUUUCUUUAGUUACCGGAAACUGAUUGUAUCGGGCUGGGGUUUUAACCUUGCUGUUUGCCAACGUUUGGAAUUCAGCGCAGCAAAACCCGUUCAUGUUUAGCGACCCUAUUUUUGUCCUACUGCAUGUGUACCAGGCACCGCAGCACCUGAUGCAUCGCCUAAGUUCUGGAGGCAAACGGUGACAUUCGAGUCAAGAGACAGCGGAGACGAUCCCAUCAGAUCGGCGUUCCUUGGUCUGCAUUAACCUUCAAGUCCACGUCACCGAGAUCGUAUUUUCAGGUCGUGUUGGAGAAAGGGUGAACAAAAGCUUCUGGGAUACAACCUUAACCUCGGCGCCCCUAUGCUACUUUAACCUUUUGACCGCUGAAUAUUAAUCUUGUAUAUAUUCUGCAUCAAUCCGCACCUCAACAGGUUAGGUCGAUCACAACCAGUAUUACUCUGUACACCAUUCACUCGCUGCCAGACCAACCAACCGACAUAUAAUUAGCCCACUUGCGUACAUAAAUUCGCACGAAUACUUCAUUGGCUCAGAUACCUACAGUACAGAGUAAUAACCUAUCGUUUUAAAAAAUAAAAAUUAAGCCCACCACCAUGAUGCAGCUCCUCGCCACCGCCCUCACAUUCGCAGCAGGCGCCGCAGCUUACAUCAACGGAAUGAGCGCACCCGCAACGGUGAAGCGCGGCGAGGCAUUCACUGCCCAGCUCAAUUCGUCCAUCUACAUCCAAAAUUAUAACGACUUUGGAGUCGUGUGGGGCCUUUCGCGGUCUAACCUGAACGCGAGCGCUUGCGCCGGCUGCGUCGGCCGCUUCCUCGGGUACACGAACCUGUUUGGCAACACGCCAGACGUUAAGGUGCCGUCGUCGGGUACCGUCGGGGUGCAGGUCACUGUGCCGGCCGACCAGUUGCCGGGCGAAUACAAGCUGGUUGCUGGCGCUAGCUACCUCGUUGGUGCUUCGGGAGUAACUGGGUUCAAUUAUUUUAACAGCACAAUCCAGGUUACUGAGUAAUGGGUUGUCACGAAUGUUUUGUAUCUAAGUUCGAUUGAUUUCAGAACAAACAAAACAAAACAGAAGAAAAAAAACACGAGUACAUGAAUCAAUCUGCUUCUCUCGAAUCGCGCUGUGAGAUACCAAGCCGGGCUGGUCGGCUUCUUGUCAAAUUUCAAUUGUUGCCUGCCAAGACAGCCGGCCGCCACCUGGAUUUGCCAACGAAGGGCGGCUCAAUCUCCACAAAAAAACGGAAAUGUGCUGGACUGUGCACAGCCGCAGGUCGUGGAACCAAUCGUGCCACGCCAAUGUACGCAUUGGCGCGUUGAAAAAGAAACGUGUUGACGCCAAGCCCUUGCUGUUCAUCACAACAAGUACCAUCACUCGGUAACACGCGGUACUUUGUAAGAUCGGCACCAGUCCGUCUCGGGAACCACAAAAGAAUCUCUCCAGCACUGUGCCCAUUUUGGUUCGCCCCCUUCUGUGGUUACUGAAAGAGAACGAUACAGAUCAGGGCUGAAGUGCAGAUCCGCCAAAAAAAAAAAAAAA